UGACAUUGACAGUCUGCGCUGGGUGUCUGUAGAUAAAAGCAAACAGGCUCUGUUGAGUCACUGUUCACAUGUCACAGUUCCACCAAUCAUGGUUUCCUCUGCAUUCAUCCUGUGGGGUGUAACUGAAGGAUCCACAGAAGAGGCUGUUACUUGUACUGCCAUCAGUAUGCUGUGUAUCCUGGUGUUGAUUAAUAUGGCUCCAUAUCAGGAAUUAAUUACAGGUUCUUGGCAGAAUAUUAUAAUCCUCACGCUGAGAACUGCAUUUCCCAUCAUUGUUGGGGGUGCACUAACUGGUGCUUUCAUUGAGUUCUCAGGGAAAUAUUCCCCAGAUCAAACGGAGAAAACAACAUUUGGAGGCAUGUUUGGUGGAAUCAUGUUCGUCUUCAUCUUUUUUGUUAUAUUGCGAAUCGUCCACUUUGUGGUUUGGACAAAAUAUUCAGAAGACCGAGAAAAAAGAGUGAAAGUACUUGACUAUGUAUCAGGAAUAACUGGAAUUAUAUUUCUGGUCAUCAUGGCUUCAUCCAUAAUUGCUGUCAGUGUUUAUCUGGCAAAAUACUCCAAUUUAACUUGGAAAGAACAACUUGGAACAUUUUCCACUUUAUUAAUGUUUCCAGUCAGCAUAGUUUUAUUCACAGCUGGUCUCAGUGUGUUUCGGAUAAUACGCUUACAAAGGAUGGGAAGAACAGUACAACUUAGGGACAUUCUUGUAAUCAUAAGUGAUUUCCUGUAUGAUCCUGUACUGUUUAACAUGCUGUUCCUUGCUAUUUAUUCCCAACUCUUUGCCUGGAUUAACAACACAUUUAAAUUAGAAUAUACAAUUCCGACUGCAGUUGCUGCUUUGGGAAUAUGUGCCUGCAUAAAUAUCAAGCAUUAUUUAUUGCAUCAUGAAAAAAAACGUUUGGAGGGAUUUUACUAUUUUGCUCAGAAAAUCCUUUUGGGGUUUUUCUUCAUGCUUCACCUAAUAUUAAGUUUCCUGUAUCUAAGUGUGAUUCUAGAAAAUGACAAAGGACGACCUGUAAAGAUCUGUGAGUUUGUGUUCCUCUACAUUCUGAUUGUCACAUUGCUCUUUGUAUUCUGGAAAAGGAAGCAUUUCCAUGCCAAACCCCGUAAAUAUGUAUAUUUCUCAGGGGCUUUUGGUCUCCCUCUCCUGAAUUCUGUUGCCCUGGCUGUAGCAUUAAAACUCAAAGCAGACACAGGAAAACAGCCAGUGGAUCUACGGCUGAUUGUCCUGACUUCUGGGUCUGUCUUCCUCUUUGGCUGGUUUGUUACAGAGAUUUCUGUAUACUGGUUGGACAAAAAAGAAAAAAUAAAUCAACAGCUGGCCUUGGGUUUGGUUGAGAGACACCAAGAUCCUGAGCCAGACCAGGAUUCACGUGACAAUGAGGAGACUAAAGCAUUGUCCCCCAUUCAUCCCAAUGGACCAAACACAGAGGAGGGAUCAUGUGAGAAUCAGGAGAUGGAGGCAUCAUCACCUGCUGAUCACAAUGAACCAAACGCUGAGGAGGUAUUACUGGGAGAGAAGAACACAGAAGUCUGAAGGAUCUCUAGUGUUUCAUUUUAUAUUUUUGCCUGUUUACCGGAUCAACCAGUGACUCCUGUUAGCAGUCAUCAGACUAUUGAUGCUCUUUUACAGUUGACUAUCUGAGGAGUUGAAGGACUUUUCUGGGUAGCAGAUAAGCUUUUCUAGGACAAGCUGCAGAUGCAUAUAAGCAGAUGUUCAUCUGCAGAGCAGCACCCUGGGAAGGAUCAUUAUGUUGUAUCUAUAGUCAGUCACCUGAGGAUAAAGUCAGCUGUGAAGAUCAAUACAGGAUCCUUCAUGUCAUCCUGUUUCUUCUAAACUGAACUUUGUAUAUUAUGCUGUUGUUACAUGGAACUUCUCAACAUUUUUUUGUGUCAGAAUAUCUGCUUAACAAAAAAGCUUGAUUACUUCAUUUGAAGAGAUACUACUUAGUGAAACAAUGUAUCGGGAAAGCUAUAAGUCAUAAGCAGACCGGUUUCAGGACAUUACAGAAACCUUCCCAUGUAAAUAUUUGUACGUCACAUGAUUAACAGACCUCUGCAGUGUUGUUUGCAGUGUUGAAAUGUACAGUCUGUAUUAAUAAUCACUUCUCGUUGUCUUCAGCUUCAUCAUGUUAAUUCUGACACAUUAUGUUUAAGCUUGACUGCCUGUCGCUGUAAUUACCCCACUGGGCUUUGGAAUCAACAGCAAAUGCAUUUUUUUUUUAAUAAAAGAAAAAUAAAACUUGA